AUGAUUUAUGGGACGAUAGCAGCCUGGUUGGCAUACCAUACAGGAACGACAUCAUUAGGAGGCUGGUUUUCCGGAUUCCUUGCUGUCGCUGCGUCCUGCAUCUCUGUCCUGUUCUUAUGGAUCCUCACCCUCCGUCCAUCUCCUAAGCAGGGAGUCAUAUCGGUUCUGCAUCAUCUGUACUUCGCAGGCAAGUCUUACAUCAGGGGAAAGUAUUUCCUUCGGAAACUAAAGACAGCGUGGAAGAACCCUCGUUAUGCUCAGGAUCAGUUUCUCAUGAGAGUUCUCAAGGAAAAUGGAGAUACAGACUACGGAAGGAAGUUCAAGCUCAAGAACAUCGUAAGCGCAGAGGAGUUCCGAAAACGUCAUCCGUUGACGACCUACGAAGAUUACAAACCUUAUGUCGAACGGGUAAUGGCUGGAGAGCAAGGUGUGAUGACCCAGGUCAUGCCGAAUGCGUUUAUACAAACCUCGGGUACGACAGGUCCCUCAAAGUAUUUCCCACAGAGAGAUCACAGGCUUGUAUUGACAAGAUGGCUGGAUGUUGUGUUUACCAGUCUGUAUGAAGUAUGCCCACGUUUAGGGAUACUCCAGAAGAAAAUGUUCCACUACGUCCAACCAGUAAUAUCUCGGGCAAAAAGUGGAGGGAGUAUUCGUCCAGGCAUUUCGUUGUACGAAGAUGGCUUUAUGGCAUCCUGCUACACAACACCGCCUGCUGGUUUCCGUAUUCAGUCCUUCAAAGAGGCAAAUUACAUCCAUCUCCUUUUUGCUCUCCUCGAUCCAAACCUGGGUGUCAUAUAUGCAGUUUUCAUUGGUGCCAUUGAUAAUGUAAUGAAGCAACUUGAGCAAUGUUGGGAGGACAUUGUGUAUGAUAUCGAGCAUGGAACAAUCAAUGAGAAGGUUAAGUUCGACGAUGCUGACAUCAGAUCCUUACUUGAACAGGCUCUUGGCGGAGGUCACCCGGAGAGGGCGGGCGAGCUCAGAAGUCAAUUCGAAAAAGGGUUUGACGGCAUCAUGAAAAGGGUGUGGCCAAACCUUGAGGUGCUGGUAGCUGUGGAAAACGUCGGAAUCUGGCCAAAUCUAAAAGCAAAAUACGCAAAAGGUAUACCACUUGUCAACUUUGGAUACGGAACAUCUGAAGGAAUGCAUCAAGGGUUAAACCCAUGGUUAUAUGAUGACAAUCAUGGCCUGGCUUUCUGGAUCACGGACUCCUUCUUCGAAUUCAUCAAACAUGAAGACUCGCAUGAGAAUCAGCCUAAAACGCUCUUCAUUGACGAACUCGAGAUCGGGAAGGAGUACGAGAUCGUCUUUACCCAAGACAGUGGACUCUAUCGAUACAGAGUAGGAGAUGUCAUUAGGAUAACUGGCUAUCACUACAACUGUCCUACAUUUGAAUUCAUGUAUAGAAUGGGGUUGAUGUUGAACUUGCGGUAUGAGAAGAUGAACCAGGUUGUUCUUAAAGCAGGACUUCAGUCGGCCGUGGGGCAGUGGAAUGAUGUUAGGCUAGUCGAGUAUGCAGUGGCUGAAAGCACACUUAUUCCGAAAUCAUUCUCAGAUUUCGAAGAGAAUGAAGACAUGCCGUACUACGUGAUGUUCUUAGAACUAGACCAGGCAGGAAGCACAAGCAUAAAUAAGGAGACCGAGACCGCGAAGGUUAAUGAGACCACGAAUUCAAUCGACAGAGAGCUCCGUGAUCGUAACAGCGACUACGAGAGACUACGGAGAGAAGGCGCCAUUUCACGCCCACGUGUCCACAUCGUGAAACCCGGCACGUUUGAAGAUUUCGAACAAUACGUGGUGAAGACGACCAACACUACUGCAAACCAGUACAAAUCCUGA